UCCAAACCUCCCUACCUACCUCAAAAUGCACCUCUCCAACCUCCUCACCUCUCUUCUCGUAACCCUCGGCCUACACCUAGUAACUCUCACCUCCGCCGCCGCCCUGGACACCACUACUUCUACUUCCACAUCCGAUCUAUCCAGCACCUAUUCCGCGUCCCCAUCUGCGUCCACAUCCGCGUCCCCAUCUGCGUCCCCAUCUGCGUCCACAUCCAAGUCCACCAGCACAUCCCCAUCCAACUCAACUGCCCCCCAAACCAUCAAAGAAUACAUCAAAGACAAACUAUCCCAGAACGCCGGGGCAAACGAUAACUCCACCACGACAUCCAACAUCACAUCCAUCAAGCGCGUCCAAGGACAUGGAAUGACCAUCGAAGUCCCCACGUGCUGUUGGAACGGAUGCCGAACUUGUUCGUCCAAGGUCUGUGGGAAGGGCGCGAAUGGGUGUAAUGAGUGGCCUUACUACUCGUGCUGCGCGACGAUCAUCAUUUGGGAUAUCGGAAGGGAUGCGGUGCUGGAUGCGUUUACUACUGCGGGAGAGACGGUUGAGUUUCGAGAUGAUUGAGAGAGGGGGCUCGAAGGAGGAGAGGGAAGAAGGGGACAGUGGUGGGUUGUUGGUGAGGAUGGAGGUAGUUGAGGGAGGUACUGGGGAUGAGGAGAAGGGGUUGUUGCGCUAGAGUCUCAAAGCUAUUCGGUUUAAUAUGGCGGCUUAUGCAGAGGAUGUAAGUGAGAAAUUCACUGGUAUUCAUAUC